CUUAAAAACCUUAUCCAGGCGUUGUAAGAUCUGGCAUGUGUCGGCAACGCCUGGGCAGACGACGAUACCUGUAACUGGAGCGUGACUCAUGUUCCAAACUGUGCACCUAUUGAUGCUCCGCUGUUCACGAAAGAUGAAGAGAGUGGAUAUGUCAAUAUUUGUUAACGUAAAAGCGACAACAACCGUAACGGUGCGGGGACGUCUGCUUUAGAGUAUGCUACUGCAAUCAAAUAUCACGCCUGUAUUAGUUCAUAGCAGUGAACAAGUAGGCCUAUUUGUUCUGCUUGUCAGGUAUCUAGUGUUUAUCCUUGAAUCAUAAUUCUGGGCCUAUAUCCAGCUCCUUCGUUUGAUUAGAAAAUGCCUCUCGUACAGAAUCAACAACCCGGAAUUCUGACUGAAACUCCUAUAGGAUCAUUCAAACAGAGGAAACAGAAGUCCAUCAUGGUCACUGUGAUGUUGCUCAUUGUGUCUGUGCUCAUCCUUGUCUUUGGACUGGCAGCCACCACCAGGACACAGAACAUUACUGUCGGUGGCUACUACCCAGGAGUCCUUCUGGGCCUAGGCUCCUUUCUCGGAAUCAUCGGAGCCCAUUUGAUAGAAAAUAAGAGGCAGAUGCUGGUGGUGUCCAUUAUGUUCAUCAGUUUCGGAGUGGUGGCUGCCUUCUGCUGUGCCAUUGUGGAUGGGGUGUUUGCAGCAAGACACAUUGACCUUAGACCCUACUACGCCGGUCGCUGUGAUUUCCACGCCAAUUCAAAACCCUCUGUUGAUUAUGAAGAUGUUCACUGCCAGACAGCAUCCCGGGCUACCUGUAAUUUACGUGUGAAAUCCAAUACCUGUUACUGCUGUGACCUCUACAACUGUGGCAAGCCCAGCCGUGUGGAGCUUAUGGGGGGCUACCAUGAGUACACGGAGGUGGGGAGCUGCGAGGACGUGGUGCACCUCCACCACCUGCUAUGGUCCGCCAUCAUUCUCAACAUUGUCGCUCUCUUCCUGGGCAUCAUUACUGCCGGCGUGCUAGGAGGUUUCAAGGACUUGACGCCCAUGUUGACCCCUGACUCGUGUGAAUCAGAGCCCCUUCCUGCAGCCUCUUUCCCCUUAGAGUUUCCAGCUCCCAGCACCCCCUCAUUCAACUCCUACCUCAACACUGCCCCCUACCUGCCACCCUACACUGCCUACGACCUGCAGGGCUCCAGCAUGAUGUUCCCUGACUCUUCUGGCCUGUCUGAUGACUCCCAGUCAGGGGCUAGCCGCAUAGGGGCCAGCCGCAUGUGGCCCACCCUGGUCCCCCCAAGCUACUCUCCCCCUUACUCCCCCCCCGAUGAGAAGCCCCCACCAUACAGCCCCUAGGAGAGUGGCUGGUCCUGGGAAAGAACAGGGGAGGGCAUCCAGCAUCGUCUCCUCUUUUGCCAGCUGCAGUAACAACAAUGGGCAUUGAUAGGUGUUGGUGGGCCUUUAAUAUUAACCUGUUUGAAAGAGAGCUGCUGCUACAUCUGGUGCUCCAUACCGUUCUAAAGCAGCCAAGCCUGCCUGGGCUUUGUUGGGUGUACAGAGACAAGGAGUUACUGGAAGAAAAAAAUAGCAUGCGUCACUAAUGUGACUAGAAGCCCGUGCCAUUUGUCAUAGGAGGGCUGCAAGGUUCAUUCAUCCCCCAAUAAGUAUAGCCUGUUAGGAUUCAGUUCAGCCCAACCUGGAUGGUGUGGCGGAUAUAACAAGAUGCUGCUUGCCCAACACGCUUUUCUCAGCAGACUCUCUGUCGAUGACAGUUCGCUCCCUACAUCUUUCCCUUGGCCCUAACUAUUCUAUGUUUGCAGGGGUCUGGAUAGGUAUAAACAGUGUAAUGGGGGAUGUAAACACCCUAUCGUUUACACCUUAAAGUUCUGCCAACAUCGAAGAGUUAGAGCCAAGGUGCGAAUCGAAAACAAGCUUACCUCGCUCAAGACACCAGGACUGCCUACAGUCGUGGCCAAAAGUUUUGAGAAUAACACAAAUAUUAAUUUCCACAAAGUUUGCUGCUUCAGUGUCUUUAGAUAUUUUUGUCAGAUGUUACUAUGGAAUACUGAAGUAUAAUUACAAGCAUUUCAUAAGUGUAAAAUGCUUUUAUUGACAAUUACAUGAAGUUGAUGCAAAGAGUCAAUAUUUGCAGUGUUGACCCUUCUUUUUCAAGACCUCUGCAAUCUGCCCUGGCAUGCUGUCAAUUAACUUCUGGGCCACAGCCUGACUGAUGGCAGCCUAUUCUUGCAUAAUCAAUGCUUGGAGUUUGUCAGAAUUUGUGGGUUUUUGUUUGUCCAUCUGCCUCUUGAGGAUUGACCACAAGUUCUCAAUGGGAUUAAGGUCUGGGGAGCCUCCUGGCCAUGGACCCAAAAUAUUGAUGUUUUGUUCCCCGAGCCACUUAUGUCAAGGUGCUCCAUCAUGCUGGAAAAUGCAUUGUUCGUCACCAAACUGUUCCUGAAUGGUUGGGAGAAGUUGCUCUCGGAGGAUGUGAUGGUACCAUUCUUUAUUCAUGGCUGUGUUCUUAGGCAAAAUUGUGAGUGAGCUCACUCCCUUGGCUGAGAAGCAACCCCACACAUGAAUGGUCUAAAGAUGCUUUACUUUUGGCAUGGCACAGGACUGAUGGUAGCGCUCACCUUGUCUUCUCCGGACAAGCUUUUUUCCGGAUGCCCCAAACAAUCGGAAAGGGGAUUCAUCGGAGAAAAUGACUUUACCCCAGUCCUCAACAGUCUGAUCCCUGUACUUUUUUCAGAAUAUCAGUCUGUUCCUGAUUUUUUUUCCUGGAGAGAAGUGGCUUGUUUGCUGCCCUUCUUGACACCAGGCCACCCUCCAAAAGUCCUCACUGUGCGUGGAGAUGCACUCACACCUGCCUGCUGCCAUUCCUGAACAAGCUCUGUACUGGUGGUUCCCAGUCCCGCAGCUGAAUUAACUUUAGGAGACGGUCCUGGCGCUUGCUGGACUUCCUUGGGUGCCCUGAAGCCUUCUUCACAACAAUUAAUCCGCUCUCCUUGAAGUUCUUGAUGAUCCGAUAAAUGGUUGAUUUAGGUGCAAUCUUACUGGCAGCAAUAUCCUUGCCUGUGAAGCCCAUUUUGUGCAAAGCAAUGAUGACGGCACGUGUUUCCUUGCAGGUAACCAUAGCUGACAGAGGAAGAACAAUGAUUCCAAGCACCACCCUCCUUUUUAAGCUUCCAGUCUGUUAUUCGAACUCAAUCAGCAUGACAGAGUGAUCUCCAUCCUUGUCCACUCACACCUGUGUUAACGAGAGAAUCACUGACAUGAUGUCAGCUGGUCCUUUUGUGGCAGGGCUGGGCUGAAAUGCAGUGGAAAUGUUUUGGGGGGAUUCAGUUCAUUUGCAUGGCAAAGAGGGACUUUGCAAUUCAUCUGAUCUCUCUUCAUAACAUUCUGGAGUAUAUACAAAUAGCCAUCCUACAAACUGAGGCAGCAGACUUUGUGAAAAUUAAUAUUUGUGUCAUUCUCAAAACUUUUGGCCACGACUGUACAGAUGUGCCUUAUCCAUAUCUGUCGACUCUCAGAGAAGUACCAGUUAUCCUGACCAGAUUAGAAGCUCGCCACCUUGGACAAUGUGGUCUCCUCCCUCUGACUCGCACCUCAGUCCGUGUGUUUCUCUCUCUCUCUCUCUGUUUUCUAUGAAUGCUUCCUGUCAAAAAGUGGCACCGUGAUUGCUCCUUAUUUUUUGCACCGCCUUUAAGUGGCAUGACACUGGUGUCAUGGUUUGGGAAUGGUUUGUCUGAUUCGGGACUGAUUGAUACGCCUUGGUAAUGUCACAUUGAACCAGUAUUAGCACUGUUAGAUUGCUUUCAAGCUCAACUUUUAGCGUAUUUCCAAUUUACUGUACAUCAUUAGAAAUAUGAUAUGUAACGUUGCUUGGACAUAUGUAAAGGUACACGAUUGUAUCUCAAAGUGUAAUGUAAAAUGAAGGUUUUGAAGCAUAGAUCACAGUUCAUCCUAUUACUCUUUAUCUCACGUUGUUGUUCGCAGAUUGUGAGCAGGGUUAUAGCAGAGGCAAUAAUGACAACAAAAAUCCUUUGUUGUGGGGUGGAUUGGGGGGAAAUCUAUGGAACCAGAUACCUGCCAAAGGUUGAACAUGCGUAUCAUUAGGAUCGUAAGAAAAUCCAUAUGUGACUUGUUUGGAUCGUAAUAAAAACCAUGUGUGAAACAUA